UUAGAAAGUAUUAAGAUAGUUCAAGUAAGUGAAUGGUAAAAUAGUUGAUAAAAGAAAGUGAUUAAUUAGAGAUUGUAAUAUAUAUAAUGUAAAAAAUGAAAAGUGGAAAAACGAUUAUUAAUAUAAUAUAAAUAUGUACAAAUCAGUUCUUAUAUGCGCAUUGUUAUUAACAGCAUAUGCUGGACAUGUGAGAAAAACACAUGGUGCAGUUCAUCAGAAGAAGAGAGCAUUCAAUAGUGCAUUUUUUGAAUUUGUAAAUUUAGGAGAGAGUGAUUACCAUUUGAAUGCAAAGGAAGCUUGUAUAAAAAUUAAUAAAUUGAAUAGAACAUUGGGCUUAAAUAACUUAAGAUGGAAUAGAGAAAGAGACAAAGAAACAUAAGUCAUUAGUUGAAACUCAUAGUGAAUAUAUUCCAGGAGUAGUAGGAUAGGUUAUUGAUUUAUCAAAUAAUGCUGGUGUUUAUUCAUAUACAGUGACAGAUUCAAAUGGAAAUAUCAUAGAAUAAGAUUCAGGUGAUCAUUUGGCUAAGUAAUUUAAUACUGCAUAUUUACAAAUGACUUAAGAAAUUGAGAGAGGACCUGCAAUGAUUAAAUUAUAAACAGAUUUAGAUAAUAUUAUGAGAGAAGAUUAAAUGGAAUAAGAAAGAAAAGAAGAAGAAUCAAGAUAAGCAUUAGAAGGAACAUUAUAAGAAUAAGAUUAAUGAUAAUCAUUCAUAUAAAUAUAAA